UGUUGAACUUGAAGGGAAAAUGGUUCCUCGUGACGCUGGCAGUGGAAGCAUCCCUGACGUUGAGAACAAUUGAAUGAGAUCCUGAGGCUCAGAGUGGAACGGGAGCGAUCUACACACUAGGCCGUGUCGCACCAUGGAAGAUGCAAUGGUCAACGUUUGCAUGCGACGGACUCUGAUUGCCCUUCUCUAGAUGCCUUCAGACCACUAUGAUGAGAUUCCAUGCUUGCCGCUGAGGCUAUAGCCCCCGGGCAGGGAUCUCCCGGGUUGCGGAGGAUCCGAUCAAGCUCGAGUUGGGGGACUUUGCCCCAUAUGGGCGCAGAUGAGAAGGCUGUAGCGACAGGGGCCUUAAAGGGCCUCAUUGCCCCAUUUCUGAACCUCUGGAGUAACUCAGUGUUGGGGAAAAUGGCGGGAAGCACUGGGUUGGUGCAUAUUGCACUCGUCUUCGUCCAGGUGGCUUAUGGAGGCUACCAUGUGGUUGUCAAAGUGGCGCUCAAAGGCGGCGUCAACCAGUUCGUUUUCUGCGCUCUCCGAGACAUCAUUGCGCUGGCAAUUCUUGCGCCGGUGGCGUUCUUUGGCGAGCGGGGCCGCCGGCCUCCAAUGACGAGGGGGCUUCUGGCAUCAUUUAUACUGCUCGGCAUGACGGGGAUCCUAGGCAACCAGCUCCUCUUCAUGUUUGGGCUCAACUAUACUUCUCCAAUGUACGCGGCAGCGAUGCAACCAUCCAUCCCGGUCUUGACAUUCCUACUCGCCAUUGUUUCUGGGGCUGAGACCGUCUUCCUCCGCCGAAAAGACGGCCAGGCCAAAGUCGCAGGCGUGCUCGCCUGCGUUUCGGGCGCCCUUUUGAUGGCAAUCUACCGGGGCGCCCCCGUCUUUGGCACCGACGAGGCAAACGGCCUGCAAGCGGCAGGCCGCUCUGCUUUGGUGGUGUCAGAGGACGUUUCAUAUGUGGGGCGCAGUUUGGCUAGCUAUGGGAUGAGCUGGUGGCAUUUGGGGGUUGUUUGCCUCAUUGGCAACUGCAUAUCCAUGUCGGUUUACAUAGCAGUACAGUCCCCCGUGCUGCAGCGCUACCCCGCCCCGCUGUCCGUCACUGCGUUGGCCUACUUCUUCGGGGCCCUGCUCAUGCUGCUCUGCGCGCUGCUCUUCGUGGACACCCGCGCGGCCUGGGUGCUCACUGGAUCGCAGAUUGGAGCGGUCCUGUACGGAGGCAUCAUCGCCUCCGCUGUAAACUACGGCCUCAUGUCGUGGGCCAACAAGUGCGUCGGGCCCGCGAUCGUGGCCAUGUACCUGCCCCUCCAACCGCUCGCGUCCGCGCUCCUCUCGCGCCUCUUCCUCAACAGCACCAUCUACCUGGGGAGCAUCCUGGGUGGGGUACUCAUCCUGUCGGGUCUCUUCCUGGUGACGUGGGGCCGCAACGAGGCCGACCGACUGGACGGGCCGGCUUACCGGAAACUGCCCGUCGUUGCCGCUGAUCAUUCAAUACUAGACCCUCCUGUCCUUGGUAGACGAGAACGGAAGUCACCAUGAUCGUGAUUCUAUGUACGUUAAUGUCACAUUGAGUCUGUCAAGGUAACCUGUCUUUGCAAAUUUCUUAUAAACUUCAUUCAGUCUCAGGUGCAUGGCUGCUCAAGAAAGCAAUUAAUGACCACCUUAUUCUGUUUGUUUUUGUAUGUUUGUUUGUAUAUCAACAAUGCUAUUGGUCGAAG